AGAAACAGCCUUAGUCUAUAGGAAAGCAGAGGAGGGGGAGAGCAGAAGAAAAGAGCGCACAUCAGAGCUGGAUUAAACAGGAUGCUCAAGACUCUGCAGAGCACAUAGUGGUACUGUAAGCCUGUCUGGGCAGGGAUCAUGUCAGUUGUGUGUUGCCAGCGUGCCGUUACUGCUUUAAAGCAGUAGAAGUUCACUAUGAGCGACUUUACAUGCUUUAUUUUUUACAACUACUCGGGCACUACAAAUGACAGUGGUAACAGGCGUCCAUACCGGAGCAUCGAAGAAAAGAGAGCUAUGGCAUCACUCAAAGACAAACUGAUCACACCCAUUGCGCCGCCGGCGACGAAGCCGCACAGCAAAGUCACCGUGGUUGGAGUCGGUCAAGUUGGCAUGGCUUGUGCAAUCAGCGUCCUAGAAAAGGGGCUCUGCGAUGAACUUGCACUGGUGGAUGUCCUAGAAGACAAACUGAAGGGAGAAAUGAUGGAUCUGCAACACGGAAGCUUAUUUCUAAAGACACAUAAGAUUGUUGCUGACAAAGAUUACUCUGUCACUGCUAAUUCCAAGGUUGUCGUGGUAACUGCUGGCGUCCGCCAGCAGGAAGGGGAAAGCCGCCUGGACCUCGUCCAAAGGAAUGUGAAUGUGUUCAAGUUCAUCAUCCCACAGGUUGUGAAGUACAGUCCGGACUGCAUCAUCUUGGUCGUUUCCAACCCAGUGGAUAUCCUGACCUACGUUACAUGGAAGCUGAGCGGACUCCCUAAGCAUCGUGUCAUCGGCAGCGGUUGCAACCUGGACUCGGCUCGCUUCCGUUUUCUGAUGGCAGAGAAGCUGGGCAUUCAUCCUUCCAGCUGUCAUGGCUGGAUCUUGGGGGAACACGGAGAUUCUAGCGUGGCGGUGUGGAGUGGCGUUAAUGUGGCAGGUGUUUCCUUCCAGGAGCUCAACCCCGCAAUGGGAACAGACCAAGAUCCAGAGGGUUGGAAGCAGAUCCAUAAGGAGGUUGUUAACAGUGCCUAUGAAGUUAUCAAGCUGAAAGGUUAUACCAACUGGGCCAUCGGUUUAAGUGUUGCUGACUUGCUGGAGACGAUCAUGAAGAACCUUUGUCGAGUUCAUCCAGUGUCCACCAUGGUCAAGGGAAUGUACGGCAUUGAAGACGAAGUGUUCCUGAGCUUGCCGUGCGUGUUAGGGUCGGUUGGCUUGACCAGCGUGAUCAACCAGAAGCUGAAGGACAACGAAGUGGCCCAGCUCCAGAAGAGUGCCUCCACCUUGUGGAAUGUCCAGAAGGAUCUCAAAGAUCUGUAGGCGAGGGAGCGUUUCCAUUUCCAGCAAUGAGGAAGGGGAGGGGGGACAUUCAGCAUUCAGAGCUGAACCUCCGCUUGUGUGUGAGCGUCUCUAGUUUAACACCGUAGCUGAACUUCUAAUAAUAACCCCCCCAAACUAUUGAAGCUUUUGUCCACCUAGCUAAGAUGUGUGUUUGGUGUUAAGGCAGACCUUGUGAACAAAUAAAACCAGCUCUUUUGUGUGCGCUCUA